GCCACCUGCUGUCCCUGCAACAACAACGCGUGCCAUUACUAGCAAAGCGCCCUUGAGUGCACCCGGCUGCUGUAGAUGCUCCCCGGAGGCAGCAUCGUCGUCGCCAUCAUUCGCAAACUCAACCGCCGAGGCGUCGAUCGAUGGCUGUGGGGUGGGUAUUGCGUCAACUGGGUCCUCGGUUUCGCUCCAACAACGCCGGUGAUGGCCCUGAAAAAACGAGGGAUCGCAAGUUUUGGUUUCCUCGCUUUAAAUCCACGCUGCUCGGGAGCUACCGGUCCAAAGCCACGUACGUCCUGUGCGAGUGCGCACUACCGGUCGCGCUGUCGUCGUCGCCGCAGUCUCCAUCGCAGCUCUCAACGUCCCCGCCACAGCAUGCUCCAACCUCAACCACGUCACCAUCCACCAGCCACCGCAGCAAAACCACGAAUGGCAAUCACUGUGCGUGUGGCCGCGACGAGUGGCACAUGGCGAAGAAGGUCGAAGAAAAGGAGUACGCGAUGCGACUCGAAGUGAGCAAGCAGUACGGCGGCAUGCGGUACGACGACGCCGUCGCCCAGCACAAUGCCGACGUCGAACAGUACAUCGCCCACAUGAUUCCACAUCUCCCGUGCAAGUUUUUCACGUGCGGAUGCUUUCUAUGCGACGCGGACACGUCGAGGCGGGUCGCGCAGCGGCGACCACCCACGAGCCCCAACAAAUUCGCCAACUUCAAUGGCGCCUCGUUCAUUCCUGACGUAAAUUCGAUCAAAACAGAGUACAACGAACCCCAAGGCGAAGACGACGACGACAUGGCACCAUUACCGCUUCAUAUGGACCAGCGCGUUGCGCAUUGGAAAGACCCAGCGUUGGUGCAUGACUACCUCGGGUGUUUUCUCGAUGCAGAUGCCGUCAUGGCCGAGUUCUCCGAGCCCCAAACGUCGCACUACACGCUGCAAGGACGAAAUGACGGCUCCACGGCCAUGGACCAAGUUCAGACUUGCAUCAGUACCAGCCCCACGCUCAAAGUCGAGCCCCCUCAGUAUUAUAGCGAUUAUUACUACACUUGACAAGGGUUAAGCUGCGAAAUUGCUGCGUCUUUGUCGGCUAGCCGC